AUGUCAGCUGAUUAUUGGAAUUCAUCACAACGUAAUCAAUGGCAAUUAACUCGAUUUUCAUUAUUAGAAGCCAGAAGAAGAGUAUUAUUACUUGAACGGAAAAUGAUUCAAAAUGGAUUAAUUAAAGAUUAUCCCAAUAUAAUAUAUGAUUAUAAUAUGAGGAUUUAUUUACAUAAUUUAUUAAUUAAAUUAGGUCGAAGAUUAAAUAUUCGACAAAUAGCAUUAGCUACUGCUGAAAUUUAUUUAACUCGAUUUCUUACCCGAGUUUCACUUAAAGAAAUCAAUGUUUAUUUAUUAAUAACUACAUGUAUUUAUGUUGCUUGUAAAAUUGAAGAAUGUCCUCAACAUAUUCGAUUAAUAUUAUCGGAAGCAAGAAAUAUAUGGCCAGAAUAUAUUCCUCAUGAUGUUACCAAAUUAGCUGAAUUUGAAUUUUAUUUAAUUGAAGAAAUGGAUCUGUAUUUAUUAUUACAUCAUCCUUAUAAAUCAUUAAUGCAAAUCAAUGAAUUUUUAUCUAAUAAUUAUAAUGUAUUUGGUUUUAAAUUAACAGUGGAAGAAUUACAAAAUGCUUGGAGUUUAAUUAAUGAUAGUUAUAUAACUGAUCUUCAUUUAUUAUUACCUCCUCAUACUAUAGCGGUGGCAGCUAUAUAUAUCACAGUUGUAUUGAAAAAAAAUUUAUCUCGAGUAAGACAAGGUAAUAAUAAUGAUAAUAAUAUUAAUAUUAAUACUAUGCAUAUUUCUACUGGAAGUAGUACCAAUCCAAUCAACAUCAACAACAACAACAACACUAAUACCAGUAAUAAUAAUGGAACUACUUCUACUACUACUACCACCACUGCCCAAGAAACUCAAGUUCUUGGUCAAGAUGAUAAUACUGAAAUGAAUAUAGAUGAUUUAAUGAAUUUGACUAAAUCAAGUAAUAAUAGUCAAGAUAAAUCAGAUGAUAAAAUGGAUAUUGAUAAUCCACUACAACUGCAAGUAAAUUUAUCACAAAUUCAAAAUCAAACUCAACAUCAACAUCAAGAAUCUACCCAUAAUAACACUAGUAGCACUAAUACUGGGCGAAAUGGAAUAAAUGGACAAAUCUCACAAUCAAAUCAAGAAUUGAAUAAUUUUGAUUUAGAUAUAUUAGAUGAAGACACCAUAAAAAUUAAUAAAUUUAUGAAUUUUUUAGAACAUUCCCAUAUCAAUCUCGAUGAAGUUGUUGAAGCCGUACAAGAUAUGAUGAAUAUGUAUGUAUUAUGGAAUCGAUAUAAUGAACAAGGGGUUAAAAAGGCAUUACAAGUGAUGUUACUCAAUCGGAUUUAA